AUGACUCCGAGAUCCAGAGCCCCCAAAGCAACCCGGCGCAGCACACCUGCUGCAGCCACAUCCGGAAUUUCGAAGGCUGGCCAGCGCCGCAUCUCCACGAAGCCCGGCAUUCGCACUCCACCCAAACCAAGGCAGAAAUCUAAGCGUUUCCAAGAGGCCAAGGAUGGCGAUAUGUCGUCAAUGGUCAAAGUUGGCUGGGGCGCAGAAAAGAUGCUCGCCACCUACAACGAGACACAAGUCGCGAAAGGUCUACCAACAGUCGAGCAAAUCGACGACCCCCACGUUCUGAGCCUGAUUGAGACCCGCAAGAACGCCCAACAGGCUAACACACGAAGAUAUCAAGCCCGCAAGACAAAGCAAGCCGCACUCGGUGACAUUGACGCUGCGAGGAAGCUGAAGUGGAGUGACCAGCGAAUCAAGUCACUGCAUUUGUGGGUACGUAACGGCCGCAUCGGAAUCUUUGAUCAAAAGCUCAACCAGGAAGACGACGAGGAUUCUGAGGACUCUGAGGAUUCCGAGGAUUUUGAAGGUGAGUCAGAGGCUGAGUCCGAGGAAGAAUUAGAGGCCGAGUUGGAGGAAAACCCAGAGUAUGAUUUCGAUUUCGUGCUUGGAUCGGAACCAGACGCCGUGCGCAAGCUUGAGCCUGAGAUGGACUUGGAGGACAACAUCCAGGUGGCCGGUCCACCAGUCGAUGGAUGGCCUCGAAAGAUGCUCCACCAGGAUCGCACACCGCCCGCGAUGCCGUCCUACCCCUCCGAGAACAUCACCAUGUUCGAUCAUGAUCAGUCCGCCGACGAUGAAAAGUGGGAAUUUUCUGAAGAGAUAUCCACGGGCUAUCCAGAUGUAAUGUCAUUGCCAGAGGACAACGCGCCUGGCUCACCGGAGGGUAGCGCUACCAACUCCUGGUUCGAGCUCCUGCGAAAUGACCAUGCCGACUUCCCCAAAGUCCGCACUAACACUGAGCUCCCAUACCACAGCCAGCAGCACAUGAGCAUGACCCACCCACGUACCGAUGGGGCAAGCUCAUCUGACCCGUCAAUCUACGACAACUCCUACCUGCCAUACAACACCAACAACGGCUUCGAGCAGUAUGCCAGCCGCACCGGAGAUCCGUGGUCAUUGGCGGGUGACCACCAACUCUACGCCUCUCAAGACGACAUCCACGCCCGGCAAUACGAGUUCGACGAAGCCUCUCGUGCUCUGCAUCUAGCCCAAGAGCGGGUCAACGAGGCAAAUCGAGAGCUUCUCGAUACAAAGCAGCGUAGCACCUUCAUGGAUCAUCAGAUGGAGUGGUUGAACAUGAACCAGUAA